UUAUCUUCUUCUUUGAAAGUUGAAACGUAUCAUCAUCAAUCAAAGCAGCUCAAAUCAAGCUCGCAAAGAUGAUGCACAUGACCUUCUACUGGGGAAUCAAAGCCACAAUUCUCUUCGAUUUCUGGAAAACUGACUCAUGGCUCAGUUACAUCCUCACUUUAAUCGCUUGCUUCGUCUUCUCCGCUUUCUAUCAAUACCUUGAGAAUCGUCGCAUCCAAUUCAAAUCCCUUUCCUCUUCCCGUCGUCCUCCACCGCCUCGCUCUUCCUCCGGCGUCUCUGCUCCUCUUAUCCCCAAAUCCGGUACCAGAUCCGCCGCUAAAGCUGCUUCGGUGCUUCUUUUCGGCGUCAACGCUGCGAUCGGUUACUUGCUGAUGCUUGCUGCUAUGUCCUUCAACGGAGGCGUUUUCAUCGCCAUCGUCGCCGGAUUAACCGCCGGAUACGCAGUUUUCAGAUCUGAUGACGGCGGUGCUGAUAUCGCGACGGAUGAUCCAUGCCCAUGUGCUUGAAUCUUGAUUGGUGAUAAAAAACCUAAAUCGGAAAAUCCCAAAAAGGUGUGUGUUUGAUAAAAUUGAUGUUUGUAUUGUUGUUUAUUUCUGUAUAAUAAUUAGUUGUCUUUGUAACGAAUUAUCGAUCUAAAUGCGUUUCUUUAAAAAUUGCAAAUUUUAAAUGUUUGAGUUCUUA